GUCCGUGACAAAAACGGAACGUCAACGGACUAACACUGAUAACGCGAUAAAAACAAUAAUAAUAAAUAUAAUAGUAAAUAGUAAUGUCAGACUCGGUGCCGUAUACAUUUUAUUUUAAUAUUCACAUAUCGCAUUUCGCUUUUGUGUACGACUCAAUUAUUUUACAAUACUGUAAAAUUAUCAAAUCCAUGUCUAAGAAUAUGUCUCCGGCUGUCCGCUAUGCUAGCUGGGACAAGUGAUCCAGACCGCGAAUUCGAAGACAUGACGUCCAACGAUUCUGGCGUGGAGAGCAGCACGGACAACGACGAUUGUGCGCAGCCGAGGUUCAACAAGAGGCUUGUGUCGUCUGCUGAGAUGUCCCUAGUGCCUGUGAGGAGGAUGAAGAACCAUGAUUUUCCGUUGUCGCUGUGCCUGAACUCAAUAUCCGAACCCCCGAUUGUAUUCGCCCGGCCCAUGAUCAACGAGAUUCCCGGUCGUAAGUUCAAGUGCCUAUUCGAGUUGGCCAACCCCGCGUUUCCGGGCACGUUGGAUAGAUUUCAAUCUUGUCUAACUCCCAUACAAGAAUACACAGAAAUGUUGUUGAAAAUGGAGAAGAAAGGCAGUUCCACUCAGUCCAAAAGCAAUAUUGGCCCGUGCCGUGCCCAUUCGUGUCGUAGUUAUAUGAGGUCAAAUGCUUUUCAGUCCAGAGACAGUCACAAACUAUGUCGAGCAGCAAACAUGAAUAACACUGAACUACUGGAGCAAUUUCUCAAGAACGGUGUUGAUCCAAAUUGUUGGGAUAGUAGAAAACGUACGCCCUUACAUUUGGCAGCAAGCAAAGGAUAUGCAGAAGCUGUGGGAUUGUUAUUGAAAUAUGGUGCCAAUCCAAAUAUAAAAGAUGCUUUGGGAAACACUCCAUUACAUUUGGCUGCUUGUACACAUCACAUGGAUGUAGUAACAUUACUCUUAAAAGGAGGAACAGAUGUAAGUAGCUGUGAUGCACAAGGCCGAAGUCCUCUACAUUUGGCUCAAUCAAAGUUACGUCUGUUGACUCAUUGUAAAAGUGACGUUUGCACAUCAGUUAAACAGACGGUAUUACAGGUAAUUGAAAUGCUAUUGGCAUAUUUUGAUAAAAAAAACAGCUCAGAUGAAGCAGAACUGUUGAAUGCCUUCCAAACUAGAUUACAAAUAUCAGAUACAGGUGAAAGGGUUAGCACAGAAAUUCAAGAUCUUUUAAACAAUUUAUCUACAUUAAAAUUAAAUAAAUAAGCCUGAAAUCAUUGAAAACAUUUUUUUUUUGACUAAUACAAUUUUAUAUUUAUAUUAUCGGUUAAACUAUCUUAUGGAAUUUUUUUUUUUUUAUUUAUUUAAUUAGGCUAAUUAGCUAAUAUUAUAAUUUAAACUUUUAUAUUAUUAUUGAGCUAUGCAUUGAUUGUAGAUUUUAAUAAUUAUAACCAAUGGAUAUUCAUUUUUUGUGAGAAUAAUUUUUGAAAUAAUGAAAUAAAAAUUUUCUGAAAGUUUGUAAAACAUAGUUAUUUAGUAAAUUAAUUUUAUUUAUUAUUAAUAGUAUAAAAAAAUAUAUUUAAUUGAUAGUUUUUCCAUUCUACUUCAAGACUAAAUAAGUAAUCACACUUUAAAAUUAUCAUUAUAAUAUUUUUUUAAACAACAACGAGUAUGAUAAGCUUGUUAAUUUAUAGUUAUAUGUUGUAUUAGUUUUAGUCAUAAAAGGAACUCAACUCUGCUGUAUAGUCUCCUUAAUGUACAACCUAAAAAUUUGUCUUCAGUAGAACCAAUUUUGUGUCGUUUGUUACAUUUAACUACAGAAUGAAUAAGUAAUUAAAUAUUAUAAUGUAAAAACACUCAUAAUUCAAAAUAUUUAUUUUUAAAAAAUCAACUUAUGAACACAAUAAAUAUUAAAUACACAGUUGGGUUUACCGAUGGCAAUUUUUAUAUGUUGUAUAGUUGUAAAACUUAGAUAACACACACAGGUGUCACACCUUGUUAAGAAAUCUAUAGACUUGAUAUAUUUGAAUUACUUUUUAAACAUAUUUGUGUUUUUGAGAAUGUGUUUAAAUAAUAGUUUUUUUUAUAUAGUCUUAAGUAAGUAUUUAAAGUAAUUUUUAUAAGUUAAUUCUCAAAUCAUGUUAUACUCAUAUUUGUGACAAGUUUUUGUCUGUGACAGUUAUAUUCACUUUCCAUUGGCAUGCUGGUUCCUUUUUAACCUGAAUUCAUUAUAAGGAUUUAAAUAUUAUAUAGGGUAAUUUACUAAGCAUGCUCAACGUAACCUUUAAUAAUGCAUUUAUUAUUAUUAUAAGUAUUGUGACUUGGAAUUUUUAAGUAUGCUUGAGGUUUAUAUUUUCAAAUAUUUACUUACUGAAUUAUUAAAUGUCAAGUAACUAAGGAAAAUAGUCCUUAAUAAUGAUUUUACAUAACAUAUAAAAAUGGUAUAAUUUUUAAUUUAAUAUUUAUUUUAUUUAAUUCUGAUAAUUUUGAUGUAUUAUACAUUUUAAGUAAUAAUUAUAAUAUUGUGAAUCAUAAUAUAUACAUGAUAUGCCCAUCUUUUAAACUUUCUAUCAUUAGAACACAAGGUUUAAUAACUUGGAUACUCUUAGAUUAAAUUCGAAUUGAUUUUAAUUUAAAAAAAUUAUCAUCUUAACAAUCAUUCAUAAUAAUAAUAAAAAAAACUAUCACCACAGAACACUCCUUAAAUGGUAUAAAAAAUCCUAAGUAUUUGAAAAUAUAGACCCCGAGUUGUAAGUAUAGGUACUCAAAACUUUCAAAAAUCAGAAUCAAGCUUGGUGAAUCACACUUUUUAUACAUAAAAGAUAUAUUACUCAACUUCUUGAUCAUAUUACGUUGUAUUAAGUAUGGAUGUUUUUUGACUAACUAAAAGGUAAAGUUACUAUUUAGAACGUUUUAUAACAGAAAAAAUAUCAAGAAACAAAUUGUUGUAAUUUUAAUUAGUCUAAAAGAAAUAUUUAUGAUAAAAUUUAAAAUGGCUAUUGUUUAAUCAAUGGUUUUACUGAACAUACAUGUACGAAGAGGAUUAAAAAUGUGUUAUGUUCCUAGUUCUUAUACAUAAAUAUUUGUCUUGACAAAAAGUUCUCGGUUCAAUUAACUUAAUUUGGCUGAGAGAUUGAGUAUAUUUAUUAAAAAAAUCAGUGCACAUAGUAUUUAUUUUUUACAAUGAUUACAUUUCAUACAAUACAUGUUAACCUUUGUUUAUAUGUUUUUCUAUUCGUCUUGCUUAAAUGAAAAAAUUCUAAUUUUCCAACAUCAAUUAUUUUAUUUUCACUUUUUUUUUAAUAAGACAUAAUAUUUCGAUUUAAAACAAUCCUAUAUCUUUUUUCAAAAUUAUUCAUUACGAUGCACUUUAUGAAUUUAAAAAUAACAUAAAAGUUGACAUGCACUGUAUAGUUUAUAUUUGUUUCAUACGAAAUAAGUUAUUUAAAUACAAUUAAUAUUAAAGUAGAUGUAACCUAAACCAUAUAAUUAUUUUAUACCUGGCAUCCAGAGGCCUUAAAUAUUUUAUAGAUUAAAACUCACUAAAUUGAAUAUUUUCAAACUAUGUAUAUGGUUAUGCAAAUAUAUUUGGUGUGGUAGAAUUUUUAAUUAUGUAGUUAUACUCGUGAUGAAUAAACUGAUGUAGUAUUUUAAUUAAACGCAGCAGGUCAAAUAUUUUUACUAGAUUUUUUUUAAGCUUUUAUCAAAUAAAUAUAUACAGAGUGAUUCUUUUAUCGUAACACCAGGCAAUAUCUUAGGAAAUAUAAGGAAUUUGUUUUUUUUUUUUCAUAUUAAUUAUUGAUAAUUAUUUUUGAUUAUAGAAAAAUGUAAAAUAUUAUAUUCUUUAAUAUUUAUGACUUUUUGUGGAUUUUGAUUAUCAUUUGUAUUGUAUUGUUAAUUUAUGGUGGUGAUUAUUUUUUUCAUGUUUAAAUUUUUAUGUUAUUUUAUUAUUAAUUAAUUUUAAAUUGUAAAUAUUUAAAUUUGUAGAAACAUUUAAAAAUAAAGUUUAAAAACAAUAAAAAUAAUUUAUCUACAUAA